AUGAGAGAAACUAUUGGUGAAGUUUGUGAGAGUGUGAAGUACAUGAAAUCUCAUGAAAAGAAGUUCUUUGAGCCGAGGCAACAACUUCAAAUCCCUAGUAUGGUGGACCUUUCAAUUGAUGACCAAAAUAAAUGGGACACGGUCUACCAUAUGCUUGUUGCUGCCUGUGAGUUAAAGCAAGUAUUUGAUUGGUUUGAUGAUGCCUCUGAUCUUGAUUACAGAGUGACUCUGACAAUGGAUGACUGGAAGCAGUUUGAGCAAUAUUGGAGGGAAAACUGGUUCAUGUUGGCAGUUGCUGUAGCCAUGGAUCCGAGGUGUAAAAUGAAACUUAUGGAAUCCACCUUUGCUCAGAUAUUUGGUGACAAUGUUGAGUCAUGGAUAAGAAUUGUUGAGCAUGGUCUUAAUGAAAUAUUCGAUGAUGAUUAUAUCAAACAAGUGCUUCCUUAUACAGAGACAAAUGAUGAUGAUGAUGAAGGGAAUGAGGCUAUGAUAACGUCCGAGUCAUUUGAAGAAGGGUCAGUUGAUGGAUCUCUUUUCCUUGUUGAAGAUGGACUAUGGAAAGUAAACGGAUUGAAGUACCCAACAUUGUCUAGAAUGACUUCUGAUAUUUUGUCUAUACCGACGUCUACUCUCACUACAGAUGUUGUUUUUGAUACUGAAAUUAGAGAAAUGGAUAGCUACCGGAGUUCAUUAGACUCCCUGACUCUUGAGGCCCUUAUUUCUAUCAGGGACUGGUUCCAGAAUAAAUCAUUAUCCAUCGAUGUUUCUAAUGCACUUGUGAAAGUGGAAUAUUAG